CCGAUAAACCCCACCGAAGAAGAAUCCACAGACAGCUACUCAGAACUCGGACAAGUCAGGGGACGUACGUARAAUACGUUUGGCAGCUGUCAGUGCACUUUACAACCUGGUUUCCAUACAACGGUGACGUCAUUUCUGCUGUUGGCAGAAUAGUAGUUUAAACAGAAUACUCACAGACAGCACAGCAGCAGACAGUUGUAGUUCCAUCAUGGCCGACGAUAUGUUUUCCCUCAUGAGUCUCGAAGACGAACUGAGCUGUAGCAUCUGCCUAUGUCCUUUCGACUGUCCGGUGACAAUUCCAUGUGGACACAACUUUUGCCAAGAGUGUCUCCUAGAAACCUGGAAAGACAACUACAGCUGUCCACAAUGCCGGACCCACUUCACCACCAAACCAGAGCUGAAGAAGAACACCGUCCUCAGCACUGUUGUGGAAACGUUCAAAAUGAARUCRAAUAAAAGCGACCUCCCCARUGAGAYRGRCGACUUAAUCAWGUGGGAUGCGGUCAAGAUGGAGCCCAAAGAGGUGGYUAUCUUGUGYGACACCUGUAUGGAAGCCAAAGCRUUCAAGACCUGCCUCACCUGUAUGGCGUCGUUCUGCCUUGAGCACGUGAGGCCUCAUCAUGAGAACCCAGUGUUUGGCGCGCAUCAGCUGAACGAGCCUCUGGGCGACCUGCGCGACCGUAUCUGCCCCGACCACCACAAGCUGAUGGAGUUCUACUGUGUCCAACAUGGCCGCUGUAUCUGUGGUGUCUGUCUGCAGCAGGUGCAUAAAGGCUGUACCUUCUCCAACCCUGAUGAACAACGGGCACUGCAAGAGUCUGAUUUGAGGGGCAAGUUGAGUCUGCUGGAAGGAAAGAUGGACAAGAACCAGAUGGUCAUCUCUCAGAUGAGUGACCAGCAGAGCAAGUUUAAGGACUCUGCAGCCAGCAGGAAGAGAGCUCUGGAGGACGAGUACCGCCAAAUCCGGGCGCUGCUGGACCGUGACGAGCGUGAGGCUCUGAACACUGUGGACCGCGAGCAGGAGAGCGGUCAGACCAAACUCCAGAACCUCAUAAAGAAGUUCAACCAGAACAUUGCGAAGCUUAGCGCAGCAAAAGAUGGCAUCAACAGCCUGCUCAGUCAGACUCAGACCRUGGCUUUCCUACAGGCCUCAGUUGACAUGCCGGCAGCGGUGGCCUUUGACCCCUAUACCCCGAAGGUCAACUUGGACUCUAAGGCCGUGGCAGCCUGGCAUGCCUACUCUGCAGUCCUGAGGGAGCAUCUCACACAUGUACUGAAACAGCCGGUAGAGGCCAGACUGCAGAUACUCCAACCAGCUCAGAGGUUUGGUCCUCCUCUGAUGCCAAACUUCUUUGAAAUGGGAGGCAUGCCACCACAAGGUCAUCCGAGAAUGCCUAGAUCCCACAGCCCAGGAGCCCCCCUCAGGGCAAACCAGAGGAAGAAGCCUCCACAAGAUUCAAACCGAGAGAGAAAAAAUCCCCAAAAGCCACCUAAUGCUCCCAGAGAGUUCGCCACUCCUGUUCCACACACACCAAGGGACCACCCCAGAGGACAAUCAGCAGAACCCAUACCCAGGAACAAGGAGGACCCAGGACAACCAAGUGUUCCCCCAAGUAUCACGUCUGCAGCAAAACGAAAUGAMCUUCUACAAUAUGGCACGGUUCUCACCCUUGACCCCAAAACGGCCCACAAGCGCAUCUCCCUCACAGAGAACAUGACCGUGGCCUCUGUGUCAGACGAGCCCACCCAUUACCCCGAUUGCCCCGCCCGCUUCUCUGUCUGCAGCCAGGUGCUCASUUCCAAGGGCUUCUCCCGCGGCCGCCACUACUGGGAGGUCAAGAUGAGUAGCAACAACUUCACCGGCAUCGGCCUGGCCUACAACAGCAUCGACCGGAAGGGUCCGGCUAGCCGGCUGGGGCGUAACACCCAGUCCUGGUGCGUGGAGUGGUUCAACGUCAAGCUGUCGGCCUGGCACGCCAGCAGUGAGACUGUACUGCAGAACCCGAAUCCGACCCGCGUCGGCGUGCUGCUGGAUUGCGAAGAGGGAACGGCCACUUUCUAUAACGUUCAGGACCGGGCAUACCCUUUCCAUACGUUUGUGUUCCAGUUCGCCGAGGCAGUGUACCCGGCGUUCUGGCUCUUCUCCAGCGGCUCGUCUGUUAGCCUGUGCAAGCUGCAGUCUUAAGAAGUUAACACAACACACACACACACACACACACACCACACACACAUUCUUCUCCCUCGCAAAUAAUUAGAAUAUACAGCAUCUGGGUCAAUAAAUUACUUAAUCAUACUGAUAUUGGGAGCUUAUAUUGGAAAUGUACCUUAAAGGUUAUUAUUUGGUUGUAGUCACUGACUAUAGUAAUAAUGCAGUGUAGGUCAUAUCAUUUUGGACUUCGGUCUCUUGUAACUACAGCAACCUCUAAACAGGCAGCAUUUGUUAAUCAGCAACUAAUGAAAACUAAGCACUUGCAUACAGGUAAAGGAACAUUACAAAUGAUUAUACAAUAUUAUUGUAUUGUCAAAAGCACGAUGACAUCCUUACUACCUUUUGUUUUACCGCUGUUGUGAUGUCAGCAGCAUGCCGUAAAGGAUUUUAAGUUGAUUUAUUCCUUAAUGGUUACUCUGACAUAGCGAGUUCCAUUGGCUGGAUAGAAGGAAUUAUCUGACAUUGUGAUCAUUCAUGUCUGAUUCGCAAAUGGUUAUGUGUUAUAGGCAAACACGACUACUAAGUGGUAUUUGAACCAGGCGAAUUAGUUUUUUCUCCUGUUCUGUAGUCCUGGCUAAAUGUCUUGAUCAUCCAGUUUAUUUACAGAUACAUUUAAGUGGUCUGUGGGUAGCUGUUUACAGCCUGUUUUUAUCAGAGCUUAUGAUCUCUUGGCGUGGGUCUUGGCAGUACACAGUAAUCACAUGUAAUGUACACAAAACAACAUGAAUAAACAUGUAUGUUAUCUGCUGUAUAUGAACAGUACCACAACGUUCAGAAGGCCAUGUACUGGCACACCUAUGCAAGAGAGUGGGUGGCUUUUGCUGGUGUCAGGCAUUCCGCAUUACGGAAUGUCAUAUCCAAUAACACCACCAUUAAUGAAUCGAACAGAAAAACAUCCACAUUAUUCUUGAUACCCCCAAAGGAAAAGUGGGUAUCGUUCACUUUUUUUCUUGAUCUAACACAUUUCGCUACAGUGUCUCACAUAGAGCCUGUAAGUGAAGGGGGUUUCCGCAUGGUGCAGUGUGAGGAUGUGCUGAAAGCGCUUCCUGACACUGCUACUAGGACACUGCUACUACAGGCUUGAUAGAACCUAGCCUGGUUGCCAGAUCUGCAUUUGGUUUAGAAUUACAGUGAACAGGGCAGAGGAUUUCUGGCAACCAGGCUAGAUAGACCCAGCCUGGCCCAUAAGAACAAGCAGAGGUCAUUUAGACCCUGUGAACAGGAGUUUUUCCAACUCUGUGGGUUUUGUAAAUAGGGAUGAUUUAGGGCUGGGGGUUUUCCUGUCUGUGACCAGACAAAGGAAAAACUCUGGGCCCAAGUUAUAGCCAAUUUAGCUAUAGCCCAUAGCUAGGGCCUUCUCAUGUCCUAGAAGGGUACAUAUCUGUAGCACAGUGAUGGUCUGUUGGUGUUAGUUUGGACAUCUGUGGGUGUCACCAUUGUCUGUGAUGUGGGUGCAUGCUUCUCAUAAUUCAUGUCUCUGAUAUUGUGGAUUGGAACUUCCGUUUAUGGAUAUACAGCCAUCGCUAUGAUCGGAGAGCAAGUUGAGAAUAGCAUGUGAUGGAUUCGUUUUGCUUUGCAAAGCCCCGUGCCAAAUGAAUAGUUGGUGUCAUUGCCUUCUCCCUCUAUAGAAACACUCGUUUUCCUGAUUUAAGUGAUUUCUACUGUUAGUGGAAUGAAGGCAAGCUGAUAUUUUAAGGAAAAGAUGAAUUCAUUUGCUGGAUUUAAGCCAUUAUUGCCACUGGCUGUUUAAGAGAUCCCCAAAGGUUUGGACAAAGUUUGAACGACUCGCGUACACAACGCCAGAUAAAGAGCAAAGAUCAGAGGGCCAUAGUCAUGGUCCUCGUGUGUUAGCAUGUUAUCCUCUCUGUCCAUUCCUUCCGUCUCAUAAGCUCGGUUCUUAAUUAAUGUGCUAAUGGUGUACUUCGUGUUGGUUUGGUUUACUGACUUUCAGUUUGAUUGGGUCUUGUGUUCAACUGAAAAAGAUAUUAGAAAUUGUUGGUUGUGUUUCAAAGGGUAAGGUAUUGAUUCUGUUUGCGUAUAAGGGGUUUAAUCUUGUUAAAAGACAACUUGAUAAUGUCCCCUCAUGAUCUACUAUUAUAAGCUAUUUGUGCUAAUGUAUUCCUCCAAAAAUGUAUCACAUACAAAUACAUAUAGUUACUAAUGA